AGGCAGAAAGGGGGCGUGGUCUACGGAGCCAUGAGCCGAGGCGGUUUGUGUUUUGUGUCGCGGUCUAAAAAGUCGCCCACCGUUUGGAACGGAACCGGUACCGUUUUUUUUUCAGUAAUGGGGGUGAGGGAGCGGGGGUUUUCGCCGGUUUAGACAUGCGCACAACAUAUCGCCAAAAGGGCGCCUUAUUGCCUUUUAGUUGACGCAAAGUGGCACAACUUGUUUGGUGUCCGUGCACUUUGGUUCGAAUCUCGCCCACUCGGACUCGGUCCACUUGUGCGUGCACCGUGCGUGCCUUUGACGCACGCCGUCGGACCCCCACCCCUCUUCCACGCGAAAGACUGGGAGGACUUGUUGCGCCUGGAGAGGAGGGGGAGCGGGGGGGGGGGGUCUGGUGCAUCAGUCACAGUCUGGUCCAGAAGAACCGCACUCUGCACCUGGUUGCGUUCACGGACCGAAGGUGCGGCUCGGUGCUGGGUGCUCCGUGCGUGCGUUCUGACAUGUUUUAAAUGGACAAACUUUGCUCGUCUUGAUUCACUUCCGCUGCUUGUCUUGACUCAUCUCCGACCGGCUCCAACAUGUCGGAGCGAGACAGCGACGGAGCGCCGGACUUCAUGCCGGCGAGGGUGUCCCGAGGCCGGCGGAGUGGUGUCAUCCUGCCCGGUGGUGGCGGCCAGGACCAGGAGACCAUCCUGCUGGAGUCCGUGAAGGCAGCACCGCGGCGAAGCAGCAUCAUCAAGGAUCCUUCAGUGCAGAAGGUGGGCGGCAGCAGAAAGAAGACGGUGUCCUUCAGCAGCAUGCCCUCCGAGAAGAAGGUGAGCAGCGCGGCCGACUGCUUGGCCUUCAUGCAGGGCGGCUGCGAGCUGAAGAAGGUGCGUCCCAACUCCAGGGUCUACUGUCGUUUCUACACGCUGGAGGCCGACCUGAGCUGCUUGCGCUGGGAGCCCUCCAAGAAGGACAGUGAGAAGGCUCGGCUGGACAUCGGCAGCAUCCGAGAGGUCCGAACCGGGAAGAGCACCGAGACUUUCCUGCAUAACGGCCCUCUCUCGGAACACCUGGCUGAGGAGGCGGCCUUCUCCAUCAUACAUGGCGAAGUCUACCAGUCCCUAGACCUGGUGGCGCUGUCGGCCGACGUGGCUAACAUCUGGGUGACGGGCCUCCGCUACCUGCUGGCGCACCCGUCCGUCAUCGGCGGGGCCACGGGGAGCUUGGGCGAAGGAGGAACCAUGGAAGGCAGCCUGGGCAGCAAGCUGAGGAGCGAGUGGCUGGCGGCCGAGUUCGCCCAGGUGGACGAGGACGGCUACGGGAUUGUGUCGGAGGACGUGGCGGUGGCAACCAUCUGUAAACUGUGUCCUGGGAUCAAGGAAGCUAAGGUGCGUCUUCGCUUCAAGGAGAUCCAGCGCAGCAAGGAGAAGCUGACCUCCCACGUCACGCACGAGGAGUUCCAGGAGGCCUACUGCGAGCUGUGCACCCGGCCCGACGUCUACUUCCUCAUGGUGCAGCUGUCCAAGGACCGCGAGUAUCUGGACCCUCAGGACCUGCGCCUCUUCCUGGAGACGGAGCAGGGUCUGUCCCUGGCCACGACAGAGGGCUGCUUGGAGCUCCUGAGGCGCUACGAGCCCUCAGAUCAGGCCAAGGAGAGGGGCUUCCUGGGCUUGGACGGCUUCGCCCGCUACCUGCAGUCCCACGAGUGUCAGCUGCUGGACCCGGAGCACGAGGGGGUCUGCCAGGACAUGAACAUGCCGCUGUCCCACUACUACAUCAGUACCUCCUACCGGUCCUACCUCCUGGAUGAUCAGGUCCAUGGCAGGGCGGACCUUGGCGGUCUGAUCAAAGCCCUGCAGUCUGGUUGCCGCUGCCUGGAGCUUGGAGUCACCGACGGCCCGGAAGGAGAGCCUCUCCUCGGGGUAGACUACGGUCCUGACAUCUCCUGUCACCACCAUCACCAUCAUCAGCAGCACCAUCACCACGUGCCAGUCACCAUCCGCUCCGCUCUGGAGGUGGUCAACAAGUACGCCUUCCUGACCUCGCAGUAUCCUCUCCUGGUCUACUUGUGUCAGCGCUGCACGCCCGGCCAGCAGCGCACCAUGGCGCAACAUAUGAAGAAGGUGCUGGGUUCCAGACUCUACACUCCGGAGUCUUUACCCGUCAGCCUGGGAGGACGAGCCACGACCCUUCCGUCCCCCGAGCAGCUGAAAGGACGCAUCCUCAUCGUGGGCAAGAAGCUUCCUCCAGAGCACGAAGGCUCAGAUGGGGAGGUGUCUGAGGAGGAAGAGGAGGUAGGAGGCGGAGGACCUCUGGCUGGACGUAGAAUGACCAUCCCGGGUGAGGAGGAUCUGGGCGUGGUCUUGGUGGUCCCGCCUCCCUCUCAACCCAGGAAGCUUCGCCUUCACAAGGACCUCUCCGACCUGGUGGCCAUCGCCCGCACGGGCAGCCGCCACUUUUACGCCCAGAGAGCCGCUCACAAGCAGCGCUCGCCACCCGGCAGUCCCAGCUCUCCCAGCACCCCCUCGGCCGCGGAGAACCCCUACUGGACGCUCUGCUCCCUCGGCGAGGGCGAGGGCGGGCGCCUCACCACCGAGAGCCCGGAGGACCUGGUUAUGUUCACCAAGCGCACUCUGACCAGGGUGCGGCCCAGCUCGGUGCGCCUGGACUCCAGUAACCCCAACCCGCAAGGGUACUGGAAAGGAGGGGUGCAGCUUGUGGCCUUAAACCAACAGACCCCCGGCGCCAUGCUGGACCUUCAUAAAGGACGCUUCUCUCAGAACGGAGGGUGCGGGUACGUUCUAAGACCCGCCGUCAUGAGGGACGAGGUGUCGUACUUCAGCGCUCAUACGCAAGGAUGCGUGCCCGGGGUUCCGCCUCAGACUCUCCGCGUUAAGGUCAUUAGUGCCCACAACCUACCCAAACCUCAGGGAUCGGGCGCCAAGGGGGAGGUCAUUGACCCCUAUGUGGUCCUGGAGCUGCACGGCGUUCCUGCCGACUGUGCAGAACAACGCACGCGCACGGCACUGCAGAACCAGGACGACCCCCUCUUUGACGAGACCUUCGAGUUUGAAGUCAACAUGCCCGAGCUGGCCUUACUGCGCUUCGUGGUCCUGGAUGACGACUACAUCGGCGACGACUUCAUCGGCCAGUACACCGUGGCGUUCGAGUGCCUUCAGUCGGGCUACCGCAACGUGCCCCUGCUGGGCCUGAUGGGGGAGCCCUUGGCCCACGCCGGCCUCUUUGUCCACGUGGCCGUCACCAACAGGCGGGGGGGCGGCAAGGCCCACCGCCGCGGUCUGUCGGUGAGGAGGGUGGGGCGGCGCGGGCGGGAGUACGUCACGCUGAGGCACACGGGCAUCAAGAUGGUGGACGAGGCCUUCAAGCUGGCCAGUGUGCCCCUGAAGGAGGUGAUGGACCUGAGGGAGGAAGCUCAGGGCACCAUCGCCACUUUCAAGGAGCAAUGUGGGCUCCCCACGGUGGCCAAACUCAAGCAGUGCAUCCACAGCCUGGCCACCCGGCUGCAGAGCCCCGAGGGCGUCAGAGGGGCCACCAUGGUGCUCAAGGAGGGGUACCCGUCUUUAGAGGCCCUGGUCAGCGUCUCCGAGGCCACGCGCAAACUACUCACCGCCUACGAAACGAUGAUUGCCGCACAGAAGCAGCUGAUUGAGAACGCUGAUGGCGUCCAGGAGAGGAUCGCUCAGGUGCAGAAAGAAGGCAUGGACUUCCAUGAAGACUUGUCCCGGCUGGGGGAGAAGGAGGGACUGAAAGGAUGCAAGCUCAGCAAAGCUGUGGAAAGUUUCACCUGGAACAUCACAGUACUUAAGGGUCAAAGCGACCUUCUGCGCGGCGCCAAGAUGGACUCCCUGGACGCGCUGAGGCAGGUGGCCCUGGCCUGCGAGGCCUCUGGACUCACCUCCCCUUCCUCCGACUCCUUGCGCUCGGCCACCUUCUCCAGCGCCGCGACCGAGCUGCACUUCACCUCGCAGGCCUCCAGCGGGCGCCGCGGCAGCACGCACAGCAACGGCCGCGUGUGACGUCGACGCUGGCGAGCGGUCGGUGUGUCCGAGCCUCACGGGGGUCUCCUUUUCUCGCCUCCCCUCAAGGUCCUCGCUUUCUUUUCUGACGGAACGUUCCAGACUCAACACUGUAACGCUCGCGCCGCACAACUUCGUAAAUGCCGGCGAAAUUAGCGCUAGCGAGGCACACAUGCUUCUUUUAAGGUACUUCAGCUUUUUUUUUUAUUUAAAAAAACCUUUAACCCACAAAAACUUUAUCGGUUUGUUUUAGCCGACCAAAAAUCAUUUUUGGUACUGCAAAAUAAAGCUGUAGAUUUUACAGUAAAAUAUUGCCAGCUCAGGUGCCAGCAUUUUACCGUACAACUAUCAUUGGUAACGUUUUUAAAUUUACAGUAAUGCACCGUGAAAACAACCGCAGAUUUUACGGGAAAAAAAUUUGCAGCUCAGUUGCCAGAAUUUCACCGUAAAAAUAACGUAUUUCCCUUUACAGUAAUGCACUGUGAAAACCACAGGAGAUUUUACGGUAGAAAAAAACAGUUUCCAGAGUUUUAGUACAAAAAUAUCAAUGGUAUUGUUUUUAAAUGUACAGUAAUGCACUGUAAGAACAACUAACGUCAAUUCUACGGUGAAAAAUUUUAACUUGCAGCUCAGUUGCCAGAACUUUUACUGUAAAAAAUAACAGCUGUACCAUAUUUCCAUUUACAGUAAUUCACUAUAAAAAAAUUGUCAUAGAUUUUACGGUAAAAAACUGGCGUCUUAGUUUUUAGAAUUUUUUAUUUUCCAUUUACAGUAACGCACUGUGAAAACAACCGCAGAUUUUACGGUAAAAUAAUUUGCAGCAAGUUCACCGUAAAAAUAACACCUGUGCCGUAUUUCCGUUUACAGUAAUGCAAUGUCAAAUUGACAGGAGAUUUUGCGGUAAAAAAAAAACUUUGCAGCUCAGUUGCCAGAAGUAUUACUGUAAAUAUAAAAGCUGUACAAUAAUUCCAAUUACAGUAAUUCACUAUAAAAACAAUGAUAAAAGAUUUUACUGUAAAAAACUGCCGUCUUAUUUUUUAUAAUUUUUUAUUUUCCAUUUAUAGUAAAACACGGCGAAAACAGCAAUCGAAGAUUUUACGGUAAAAAAAACCCUACCAAUUUAGUUUCCAGAGUUUCAACCUAAAAAUAUCAAUAGUAUUGUUUUUAAAUCUACAGUCAUGCACUGUAAAAACAACCGCAGAUUUUACAGUAAAAAAAAAUUGCAGCUUAUUUGCCAGAAUUUUAUCAUAAAAAUAAGUGGUACCAUUUGUUUCCAUUCACAGUAAUGCACUGUAAAAAAAAAAAUCGGUAUUUACCGUUUUUAAAUUUACAGUAAUGCACUGUAAAAACUUGCAGCUCUGUUGCCAGAAAUUUACUGUAAAAAUAACAGCCGGACUGUUUUUUGCAUUUACAGUAAUGCUCUAUAAAAACAACGAUCGGAUAUUUUACGGUAAAAAAAUUGGCGUCUUAGUCUUUAGAAUUGAACAUUUUCCAUUUGCAGUCAUGUAGUGUGUAAAUAAAGACCAGAGAUUUUACGGUAGAAAACAUUUGCAGCUCUUUUCCCAGAAUUUUAUCACAAAAAAUAAGUGGUACCAUUUUUUUACAUUUUACAUUUAUGCACUGUAAAAAAAAAAAGACAGAAGAUUUUACCCGUAAAAAUAACUUGCAGUUUAGUUUCCAGAAUUUUACCGUAAAAAUAACAAUGGUACCGUUUUUUGCAUUAACGGCAAUGCACUGUAAAAACAACGGCUGUAGAUUUUACUGUAGAAAAAAAACCUUGCAGCUCAGUUACCGGAGUUUUGACGAAAAUUAUUAGUAGAACCGUUUUAAAAUUUACACUAAUGUACUGUGAAAAAAAUUACCUGAGAUUUUACGAUAAAAAAUGGAUUCUUAGUCUCUAGGAUUUAAAAUUUUCCAUUUACAGUCAUGCACUGUGAAAACAGCGUCCAAAGAUUUUACGGUAAAAAAAGAUAUUGCAGUUUAGUCUCCAGAGUUUCAACCUAAAAAUAUCAGUGGUAUCGUAAUGCACUGUAAAAAUAACAAACAUCAAUUUUAUGGUAAGAAAAUUGCAGCUAAUUUGCCAGAAUUUUAUCAUAAAAGUAACAAUUACACAGAUUUUUUCCCCCAUUUUUUUCUCCAGUCAUUCACUGUAAAAACAAGGUCCGGAUAUUUUACAGUAAAAAAACUCGCACCUCAAUUUCCAGAAGUUUACCCGACUGAAAACUAUUUUUGGUACUGUACACUGUAAAAUAAUUCAGUAGAUUUGAUGGUAAAAAAAAACUGGCAGCUCAGUUGUCAGAAUUUUACUGUAAAAAUAACAUUACAGGAAUACACUGUAAAAACAUGAACCAGAGAUUUUACAGAAAAAAAAAACGUAAAAUAAAUUUACACAAAUUCAUUGUAAAAAUAUAACCGUCAAUUUUACAGUACAAAAAACUUGCAACUCAGUUUCCAGAGUUUUAACAUUAAAAUAUCGGUGAUAUAAUUUUUUUUAUUUACAGUAAUACAUUAUAAAAUAACAACCUUGCAGCUCAGUUGAAAUAAUUUUACUGUAAAAAUAGCAAUUGUUCCUUUUUUUCAUUUACAGUAAUGCACUGUGAAAGAUGGAAAUUUUAACAAUUAAAAAACCUCUUAGCUCAGUUUCCAUAAUUUCAACCCAAAAAUAUCAGCGGUACCGUUUUUUUUUUGCAUUUACAGUAAAGGACUGUAAAAACGAGGACAGUAAAAAACUGAGUUCCAAUAAUUUUACCGUAAAAUAACAGUGGCAUCUUUUUUAAAUUUACAGUAAUGCACUGUAAAAACGAGGACAGUAAAAAAAAAACUGAGUUGUCAUCAUUUUACCGUAAAACUAAUAGUGGCAUCUUUUUUAAAUUUACAGUAAUGCACUGUAAAAACAACGAACGUAGAUUAUACAGUAAAAAAAACAACCUUGCUGCUCCUUCGCCAUAGUUUUACCGUAAAAAUUACUUUGGUACCAUUCUUCAGUUUACAGUAAUUCGGUGUAAAAACCGUCGUACAUUUUACGGUAAAUUCUGGGGACUGAGCUGCCAGUAUUUCACCGUUAAAUCUACAGAUUGAUUUUAUAGUGUAAUUGUAAGAGUUAAAAGUUACACAAAGGGAAAACUUAAUAUUUUUUAAUAUUUUGUACAAUAAAUCAUUCAAAUUAUCUUACAUUUCUGCAAUUGUCUUUGCUUGAAAUGUAGACUUUUCAAGUGUUUAAAAGAGAAAAUAAUUUAUCAAUUUUAUGCCAAAAAUAUUUUUGUUACCAAAAAAAUAGAAUAUUGAUUUGAAUAAAAAUGAAAAAAAAAAACCCCGACCAAUAAUUUUUUUGAGAAGUUGAUUUUGUUGAAAAAGGGAUUUAUGUAAAUGAGCGCUGACGCAAAUGAAGCGCAGCGACACUAUUGACCGGCAGAAUGACGUUGAUGUUCUGCUCUUGCAACGCGAGGGCGGGUAACUGGAGCGUGUGGUACAGGUGUGGGUCACAUGAGCCCGUGUAAAUACAGACUGUACAUGAAUGUAGCAAUAAUAACUGUAGACACGUGGCAACUAGAGCGCGCGUUGAUAAUUGACUCUUUGAAUGUUGAUGAUGCUUGCUAACGUUGGCCUUUUUUCAGUGUAAACAUGGGUUUUAUCAUUAAUAUCAAUAUCAUUACGUCUCAUUUUGACUUUGAUGUGUGUUUUAACCUGAACCGUACAAGCUGGGGGUAGUACAUCGUGUUUCUUAACACUCCACACCUGUUCGCCCUAAGUCGAAAAAUAUCUGUCCCUAUUUUUCAUAUUUCUGCAUCUGAGGCAUAAACUUUCAUAUUUUGGGGAGGAAAGAGCAAAUUUGUUUGCGUUUUGGUCACCACAAGUAGUGAAGGUACGAAUGUAACAGUCAGAGAUCCUCUAAUUGACAGGAGUGCUAAGCUGUUCUUUAGGAUAGACUGCAAAAAUAUUUGUCAAAGAUCCCCUAUAUGACAGGAGCACUCUGCUGUUUUUAAAGAUAGACUGCAAAAACGUUUGUCAAAGAUCCUCUAUAUGACAGGAGCACUCUGUUGUACUACAGAAAUGCUACUCAAAGAUCCUUAAUAUGACAGGAUUGCUCUGUUGUUUUGAGGAUGUACUGCAAAAAUGCUAGUCAAAGAUCCUCUAAAUGACAGGGUCACUCUGUUGUACUAGAGAAAUGCUGGUCAAAGAUCCAUAAUAUGACAGGAGCACUCUGUUGUUUUGAGGGUGUACUGCAAAAAUGCUAGUCAAAGAUCCUGUAUAUGGCAGGAGUACUCUGUUGUACUACAGAAAUGCUAGUCAAAGAUCCCUAAUCAGACAGGAGCACUCUGUUGUUUUGAGGGUGUACUAUACUAAUGCUAGUCAAAGAUCCUCUAUAUGACAGGAGCACUCUGUUGUACUACAGAAAUGCUAGUCAAAGAUCCUUAAUAAGACAGGAGCACUCUGUUGUUUUGAGGGUGUACUAUACUAAUGCUAGUCAAAGAUCCUCUAUAUGACAGGAGCACUCUGUGUACGACAGAAAUUCUAGUCAAAUAUCCUUUAUAUGACAGGGCGGCUCUGUUGUUUUGAGGGUGUACUACAGAAAUGCUAGUCAAAGAUCUGCCGUAUGACAAAAGACGAGAGAGUUGCUAUUUUUAGGACCUACUCCAAAAUCGCUAGUCAAAGAUCCUCUAUGUGACAGGAGCACUCUGUUGUCCUACAAUAAUGCCAAUCAAAGAUCAUUUAUAUGGCUGCACUACAAAAUAUAUUAGUCAAAGAUCCUCCACACGACUAGAGCACUGUGCUGUUUUGAGGAUGUACUACAAAAAUGCUAGUCAAAGAUCCUCCAUGUGACAGGAACACUCUGUUGUACUACAGAAAUGUUAGUCAAAGAUCCUUAAUAUGACAGGAGCACUCUGUUGUACUACAGAAAUGCUAGUCAAAGAUCCUUUAUAUGACAGGAUGGCUCUGUUGUUUUGAGGGUGUACUACAGAAAUGCUAGUCAAAGAUCUGCCGUAUGACAAAAGACGAGAGUGUUGCUUCUCCAAAAUCGCUAGUCAAAGAUCCUCUAUGUGACAGGAGCACUCUGUUGUACUACAAAAAUGCCAGUCAAAGAUCAUUUACAUGACUGCAGUACAAAUAUAUUAGUCAAAGAUCCUCCACAUGACUAGAGCGCUGUGCUGUUUUAAGGAUGUACUGCAAGAAUGCUAGUCAAAGAUUGUCUAUAUGACAAGAUGAUUCCCUCUUAAUUAUCGGGAAUGUGGUUGAUUGGCUAAAGUGGACUCUCGGGGCCCUGGAGGUCUGAUGUCUGACCCCCAUGAAUUAUUAAUAGUUCAGCGGUAAAACAAACCACAGUAUUAUCUUUCCCAGUCCCGCUGACACGUGUCACAGAGCUAACAGGAUGGAUCCACGUACAGUAAAGUACAGUACGUGCGACCAAAACACGGCAAAGAACGCUCGACGGGUCGCUGGUUCAAGUUUCAGUAAUUAAGCCUGACCUGGUUUUUCAGAAUAAUUCAUUGGGAGUGUAACUGAACUAUAGUGUACUUACAAACAGGAUCAGCUAGCUACAUCGUUUCACUUCCGCCGCUAACGUUAGCCUUGUUUGGGUGUGCCAUUGUUUUAAUGAGCUCCCAAUUAAGACGAUCAAAGAUAAGAUAAUCGACAGAAGAGCAGUUAUUCAUGCUGCGUUCCAGAAAACUCGAAAGUCUGACAUUUCCGAGAAUUUCCAAUUGUUAAACAAGACAAGAAGCAAAGAAUCAAACAGAGACAGAAUUAAAUUUGCACUCUGCAUUCCUUCCUCUUGUCCUCGGUUUUCCGUCAGUCAAUCAAUCAAUCAAUCUUUAUUUAUAUAGCCCUAAAUCACAAGUGUCUCAAAGGGCUGCACAAGCCACAACGACAUCCUCGGUACAGAGCCCACAUACGGGCAAGGAAAACUCACCCCAGUGGGACGUCGAUGUGAAUGACUAUGAGAAACCUUGGAGAGGACCGCAUAUGUGGGUAACCCCCCCCCCUCUAGGGGAGACCGAAAGCAAUGGAUGUCGAGUGGGUCUGACAUAAUAUUGUGAGAGUCCAGUCCAUAGUGGAUCCAACAUAAUAGUAAGAGUCCAGUCCAUAGUGGGGCC